GAAACUUUUGCAGACGCAACAGUCUGCAAACGUAUAACUAGAAACUCAAUACUUAAUCUUCUUUUUAUGGCAAGUAACAAAAUUAUCACCAGGAUUCUUUUAAUUCUGAUACGAAUGAUAUCUAUAUGUAAUAUAAAUCAAUAUUUGCAUUUUGUGAAAAUAUGAAAUAUUUUACGAUUUUUUUUUUUUUUUUGCUGCUUUUUUAUUAAUGACUAUUGACCCGACUAUCUCGGAUAUCGAAUUAAUCUGAAGCAUCCUUACGUGUCGAUAGGUUGGAAAUAUUUUUAGUAACGAAAGUCAUUAUUGCAUGUCGUUAGUCUGUUGCGUAUAUGCCAAUAUGUCAAGUCGUGUCACAUCGGCCGAUAGCUCUUUUGUUGUCGUUUUGAAUUUUUCUAGGGAGAUACGUACACAAAGCCCGUCAGAAGCGUCUCUGCGAGAAAUGGGCAAACCGAAAAAAAUUUGAUUAAAAGAUUUAUUUUAGGAAACUAUAUAAAUACCUUGUUUUAUAUUUUUAUCAAUUUAUUUAAGUAAAUAAUACAUUAAAAGAGUUGUAUCUUUAUUUAGAAUUAAGAUUAAAUAUGAAAAUAUUACAAAAUGACAAAUAUUAGUAUUUAAUAGUAAAAUUAUUAAAAUUUUGUACAAAUAAAGUUGAUUAGAAAAUUAUUUUAAAAGGGGCAACUACAAUUUUUAUUAUUAAAUUUUGAUCAUAAUUUGUUCCUUAUUUAAUUAUCAGAUUAUUUAAAUAAUUGGUUAGAUAUUUCAUUUGAUUCUUUCAAUAUUUUUGUAAUAAAAUAGUUGAAAAAACAAUAUGAGUUAUUAAAAAGAAAAGAUCAUUCUAUUCUAUUUCAAUUUAUUUUAUUUAUAGGACUGAGUUUAUUUCGAUUUAUCCAUUCUUUCUCCUGGGAAGAAAACACGAAUGAGGAGCCGGACGCGCGUUCUUUUUCUUCCUACGUAAGACGAGAUGAUGCUGCACGAGAACGAUCCUCUCGCGCGUGUACUUGUCCCAUGAGAGUCUCGACUCAAGAUCUUACGUUUUUCGAUUCGCACAAGAAGAAUCGAAAUAUCCGUAUUAUUUCUUGUCGAGCUGAACCAAUGCUCAAUGCGACGCCGUUGUUAGUCUGAAGUCGAUAAUAAAGAAAAGCUGAUGAAUCACGAUUCUCUUUACCUGUACCGUCUGUACCUAUAGGCCUGUAACGUGUAUAUUCAGCGGAGUAUAAGGGAAUAAUAAAAAAAAAAGAAAAGCAGAAGCAAACAAAACAAGGAUACACACUUUUUAUAUGCAUGAUUUAUAAGUUUAAUUUUUAAUAUUAAAGGAGAUAUAUAUCACAUGUUGUAUGUGUGAAAGAAUUAUUGGUUAUUUAAAUUGAUGUUUUAAAAUAUCAAACCUGGGCUUUUCUCAUUUCUCUGUGACUAUUUCCCCACCUUUGCGGCGUAUUUUACGUUUUGUUUUUUCUCUAUCAAUAUUUUUUUUUUUAAUUUAUCUACAAACGAUCGAUACAAGGCUCAAAAAUUUCAGAUUUCGAUUAGACCAGCAAUAUAAAAUUUCACUUAUUGAAAUUUAACAAUAUAUAAAUCUGUAAUAUAAAUAAAAGCACAAUAUUUUUAGAAAUACAGAAUUAUUGGGCAUAAAUGUACAACAAAUGAAAAAGUAUUAAAUUUAUAUUUUCGAAUAUUUUGAGCAGAAAAUUGGAAAGGGUAAAUGCAUAAAAAAUACGAACGUAUUAAUUAAUAUUACAUUAUUGUUUUAUAUUAUUGUCAUUACUAUUAUUACUAUUACUAUUAUUUCAUAUUAUUCACUUUUCAUUUUUUCUGAAAAGCUCGACGUUCGACUUUCAAACGUCGGUUGUGUAUACGAUGCUAAUUUCGUACGAUCACAGUUGUCAAGUCGCGAUGUCCGGAUCACAUCGUCAACGUUGGAAACGACGCGUGUCUCGCGACUCGUCGGUCCGCGACGUUCGAAAUUUCGCGAAAUCGCCAACUUUCCGCAAAUGGCUGCGUACGAAACGUUGAAGACAUGGCUGAGUACGAGACUAGGUGCGAUUAUGGAUCUCACGCGGGAGACGUUCGGUCAUUACACGAGAGACGGCGUCCUGCUGGCUCAGAUCCUGCACAGCUACGAUAUAAUCAGCAGCAAUCAACUAAACACCAUCAUUUGUACGCGGGAUCCUGCCUUGUCGAGGGUGAACCUGAGGACCCUGCAAAUCUGGCUCAAGCUCAUUAACGUCACGCUGAGCGACAAGUGCAUCGAGGAGAUCUCUAAAGGUAAAGGUGCCGCGUCUCUCCAGCUCUUCUACAAGGUUUACUUGAGCCUCGAGGGCAAAGACCGGUUGCAUUUUAUCGUUCUUCAGAAAGAGCGAAAGAGCAUUCAGCCCAGUAGAUUCAGCGUCUCCAUAGUGAACCAUGAUUCAGUCCCUUAUCUGCCACCCGAACACGCUCUCUCGACAUCGUUAAUCGAAAGAGCCGAUACCGUUCUUUGGCACAGAAAUAAAUUUUGGGCGAUCACGGAAGCCUGCAGACAAGAACGACAGAGAUUCGAGGCUCUCAUGGAAUAUCCUGUGGUACAGCCGAUCGAGUACUUUGUUCCGGAAGAGUUGCCGGACAAGAAGCAGGAGGAGAGCGAGGAACUGGACAAAUUCACUCGCAAGCAUCCGGCCCGCAAGACGAUGAAGAGAUACAAAGUGGUUGAGUGUUGUCCCUCUAAGAGAACUUUGGACGUGUCCUACGUCGAGGAUCCUGCAGCUGCUACGGAAUAUGUCGACUUUCUAAAGAAACGCAGUGGAAAAGCGGCUAAAUCUCACGAACUAAAGCUGAAGACGCAAACAACGAUGAUGGCGGAAGCCUGGGAACGAUUGCUGAGAAAACAGGACAAAUCCUUCGACGAGGCUCUCGGUAGACAGGUGCUGGAUCAGUCACGCUAUGAGAAACAAAUGUUGAGAAAGCUGUGCGAGGUGCGAGAUUUUAGGAAUAGAAUCGUGGAGAAUCGUAGGAUAGUUGAAGGAAUGUUGCAAAUGGCUAGAGAAAGCAAACUGCGACUCAAGGAGGAUCAUCGUGAAAAAAAACUAAAGGAAGAGCAGCAAAAGGUGGAAAUGGAGGCCUGCAGAAUGCGCGAGCUUCGUCAAAGAAUUUGCGAGGAAAAGAUUCGUAGGAUGAAGGAAAAACAUGAAGCUAUCUGUUCAGAGAUUAUAAACGAUUUCGCAGACAUUGCAGUGAAAAUUUCUGAUUAUCGUCAAGGAAAUGAUAUUCAUAUCCCAAAUUCCAUUUGGAGCGAAUGGAGAACGUUGUUUCUGAAAAAUCAACCGAUAUUUGAAUUUACAAAUUACUUUGACAAUGUCGAGGAAGCAAAAAUUGUAGAAAAAAUAAAAAACAAAGAAGAGAUUAAGAUAAAUGAAGAUGACGAGGCAAGAUUAGAGAACGGUGCAAGACAGAAUAGCGGAGAAGGAUUAAUAAAUGAAGAGGGAAUAAAUGUUGGAAAAGGAUUAAAAACUGAAGAAAAGCAGAUAUUGGUUCAGCUAGAACUGAAACGUCGGCGAUCUCUGGCUGAUGCAGAUUUCGAAAGUUACCUGGAUCUGGCUUCGCCAUGGGAUCAAUUCGUACCGAAGAGAGAGAAGGAAGAUGAAGAAGUUUACAGAUUAGGCUGCGUCGUGCUUGGUUACAUCGUUCAUCGUUUGCUGGAGACGUUGUAUCCUUAUCCGGCCAAAGUAAUAAGUUGUCCGGUACCUAAAGUCAAGGUCGCGGCCAUUAUCUUGGGAGUGACAAAUGCAACCUUGCACGAACAGCUGCGAGAGUUGCUGAAGAAUGCCGGAAUUCGUUUGCUGACGAUGGAGGAUGCGAUCAAUCAUUGUCUGAAGAGUUACAAGCGGGAAAUGAUCGACGUGGAGUACAUCGAUCUGAAUAUUAUCUCGGCAAGGACGAGAGACAUCAAGAGAUUGGAAGCUAAAAACAAGACGGACGACUCUAGGAAGCGUCACCCGAAUAAGAUCGAACGGCCAGUGAAGUUUGUAACAUUCCAACAGUACGCAACUGGGGAGAAACAAACUCAAACACCUAGACAGAUACCCUAUGAUGAUGUGCACCCGAUUUUAAGCGACACCGCGUGUGUAGGCAAAUGGACUUAUGAGUUUCUUACGUUGGGUCAACCGAUCUCGAACGAGCUAAAUACGAAGAUAUUGAUUGAGUACUUAAAAGGAAUCGGAGACGUCGAGGGAUGGGCAUUAAUAAAUUAUCCUAAUACGUACGAGCAGAUGGCGAUGUUGGAAGAGGCGCUAACAGGAUGCGAGAUACCUCCCGAGCCCGUCAACCUUACUGAUGUUAACAUCGAGGACAUUGAUUCUUCCUCAUCUAAGAUCAUGUUAGAUGAUGAUGAGAUCGACAGAUUUGCGAUAUGCAGGCACGUUCGAUCAUUUCAUUUUUUCAAAUUAACUUACGAUUUUAUAAAUAAUAUUGAUUCCAAAGACACAUUUAAUAUUAAUUAUAUUACGUCAUAUGGGUUUUCUAAAAAUUACUGUAAUUUCAAUAGGCAAUCGAAGUUAUUGCCGAACCCGAUUUCCAGAGCAAAAGAUUAUAGUGCAUUCCCUACAACAUUUAUGACAAUCUAUGUUAAGGCAAUGCUGAAACCAGAAGCAAUAGACCAAGAACAGCCUUGCAUACCACUACCCGACAAUGCUACUUCGAUGGACAAAUAUUAUGCUAAUCAAAAUAUCGCAUAUGGAUUCUUUUAUAAUAUUCUCGAUCUUUCAACCUUGAAACAAUUGGCUAAACUUAUUACGGAUUUCCACGAAAAGAAAUCGUUCUCGGAACUCUUUGAAAAAGUUCUUAUUGAUCCGCAAGCGCCUAUAAUUAAACGCUUGAUAUCUAAAUCCAAGUGGAAACAAUCAGAACACGAAGAGAAGAAUGAUAUCGAAGCUGAAAGACGCGACUUACAACCUCAAACGCGGUUAGCAAAUGAUUACGCUAAACCUGGAGAAAGCAACUGGCAAUGGCUAGAUCUCUUUCAGCAUCCAGCUUUACUUGAAAUUUUGGCUACACUUUGGCAGAGCAUUGAACGGGCCUACAUUGAAAAUUUGAAAGACAUUCUCUCCUUAAAGAGAAUGCAUAUAUCAGCCGUUAUACCUUACAGAAAUCUCAUCUUUAAGAAUUUGAUGAAGUUCGUCAAUCGACCUGACAAGCGGCAAAUUUUGCUGCAAGAUUUUCAUCGUGCCUUUAAUGAAAUCGAUGAAGACCUCAGGGAAGAUUCGGACAUGAAAUGCGAGUUGCACUGCCGAGUCGAUGACUUUCGAACGGAAUUGUGGGAACUGUGUGACGCGCGAAGGCACGAGGCCGAAGAAGAGCGAAGACGCACGUUGCGCAAUCAGUGGACUUUGACGGAAGCGAUAGUCCUCGUCAAUGUGUAUAUUGAAAUUCUGCAAACCGAAAUCGACAGAUUCGUCGAUACCAUGCAGCUCCUUCAGGACUAUUACACCUCCAUGUCGCAGAAACCACUGGAGGAAUUGCAAUUCUCCAAAAUCGUUCUGGACAAUAUCGAGUUGGAGGACGUUCUUCAGGAAACCUCGUUGAUUAAAGACAAAAAACAAACGGCGUCAAAGGCGAUGAAGACUGAAUCGAUCAAAUCUUCCGCUCGAGUCCUAGAUUAUAAUCAGUUCAAGACCGAGAUCGAAACUUUGUUGAUCGACGUAUCAAAGACUUUCGAUCCUGAUCAAAGUACUGUUUAUAAUAUUAUUAAGGAUAAUGUUCGACGAGUGCGAGAAAUCGUGGAUUCCAUCUCGUCCAUGAUGCUGGAGACGUUGAAGAAGGAGGAGAAAGCCGCGAUUCCAAAAACCGAAGUUAAAGGCAAGAGAAACACUUCGCCUGAUACGACGAUCGUCAAACUAGCGAGGAGAAAUCGUGAUCUCAUCGAGGAAUGGCGGUACGCCGUUUUGUUCGAGAUCGAUCGUGUAUGUCAGAGAUUGGAUGUGCUGAACGCGGCUGCUCGAUCAGACGUGACCUUUCUUCUGGAUAUCAUGAGACAGACCUUCCAUCGCAUUCACGAUUGUAUUGUCGACAGAUACAAACGUGAAAUCGAAAGCAUCAGUGAAAUGGCGAACGUCUUUUGCUUCGCCAUCGAGGAACAGAGACCAGUUCAGCAGGAACUAAUAUUAGACGGCGAUCAAUUCGUCGUAAGAGCAAACGUCUUAAUGUUUCCCGAAGAUCAUGAACGAUUCGUCCCGAUGAAGGAAGCGUCUUCACCUCUGCGAUUCCGCAUGGUUCAGCUCGGUCGGUUGAUCGACAUUUUCCAACGAAUCGCUCCGCGUGGAAUUGUGAGCGAACGCGUCCUGAUUUACGUCCUCCAGGACCUGGUAUCCUGCGGCGAGGAGGAUUGCCGUCCGUCCUUCGUGCCGUGCGCCUGGCGACAAUUGCGACCGCCGGAUAUCGAAACGCUGAUAGAACGACUGUUCGGCACCGCCGAGCACAUUGAGUGGCGAGAAUUCGUCCUGUACGCGAUGGAUCUUCCUGUGCCGUCGCAUCAGGAUAUUUUGAAAGCGCGUGCAGCCUUCAGGAUGCAGGAUCCUGACUCGAGGGAGAUGGUCACGUGCGAGCAAUUCCAUUCGACACCUUUGUGGUUUCUCAAAGUCUCCACCGUUCGCAAGAACUCCUCGGCUGAAAAACUUGACCACGACAAUUCAGAUACGGUAGAAAACAUAAUGUUGCGUGAGGAAGCAGAAUUAGGCGAGCGUGUUUCGAGUUUGGGAAGCAAUUUUAUAGAAAGCGAGGAUGAUUCUGGCGCAAUACUGAUGCUGGCAAAGGAACUUCUCUGCCGAAUGUAUCUGGUAAAUCAAGACACGGUGCAUUAUAGCGCCAUGUUACUGGCCUUCUGCAAAGAUGAUAAUCCCAGUGAAGGCUUGGGAAAAGCGUUUAGUCUUGCCAUGGGCGCUAGAGUUUGUACUGAUGAAACAGAAGGUGAGAAAUACGUCAAAGAGCUUGUCGAACAGAAGCGCUGGUCUGAGAAGCUGAAAGUGAGCUGGGAUUAUCCUCGAGGGGAAGCCAACGAGGUCGUUCGGAAAAUUAUGAAUUAUAUAAUAAAUAAAACGGCAGAGAUGGAGAAGUCUCGCAAUCGUGACUUAGAUCCGAAACGUCAGAUGAGGAUUCAGCAGCUGAAUGGACCGGGCGAGAUUGACCCGGUUGAGCUCUUGUCACCGGAAGCGAAACAUUUACUUAUAGAAAAUCUAUCGACGGACAGUAACGAAUUCAAGCAGUCUCUCGUGUCAACCGAAGAUGCAACCCUCGAAGAUGACGAGAUGCCCCAGCAAGACGAAAGAGUGAUCUUUUGGCUGCCACGGAACGUUUGCUUGACGGUUUUGUCCACGUGUUUGCCAUGGCUUGCGUCGCAAACAGAACUUUUCCAAACCACUCUCAGCCUUCGCGACGGAAUAGCGCGCGUGUACGACGAGUUGAGGGAUGAGAAGCUGAAUGACGAGAAAGACCUCGUUUUAGCUCACCGUCUGGUGAGCCAUGCUUUCAUCUGCGAAUUACUGCAUACUUCCCAUAAAUUCACCUCGAAAAACAUGGCAGAUUUGCUCCGUAGAAUUUUGAAGGACAAAGAUAAAAGAACGACGUAAAUAAUGAUAAUGAAAAUUUGCGUUAAAUUUUUAGUGAAAAUUUUUCUCAGAAUUUUUAUACAAAUUGGGACACCGAGAAAAUCUACAUUCUUUUCCUAGAAUUUUCCAUAUGUGAAUUUUAAAAUUUCCAAGAUUUUUUUACAUUUUAUCCUAUAAAAAUAUUUUAAAUCCUUUGAGAAUUUAUAAUAUUUCAUCAGAAAUUACAGCUUGUCACCUAGGAAGAUGUAUGAAUAUUCUAAAAUAUUCUAGAUAUCGUACAACAUAUAUUCCUGCAACAUCAUGAUAUCGUACAUUAUUUACAUGAUAUUACGAUAUUCAUUUGAUAAUAUGUGCUGUUAGGAUUAAUCGUGCAUUGAAAUUAUUGUAUCGUCAUUCCUGGCUAAAGCAUUCUUCUGCUGUGCCGAAACCGAAUAUCAUAUUCGCCCGAAGUUCAUAAUUGAAGUAAAAUUGUCUCUUCUAUCGAUAAAACAUAAAAUUGUUAAAGGAAUUCAUUUCCCGCGCGCUGGAGAUAUCCUUCACUUAGCAGUACGAAAUUAGGCGCAUUAGCGUGACGUCACACGGCUGGUCAGUUGGCGUCGAGCGUCCCCCCGGAGCGGUCGGGUUGCUGAUGCUCCGCGCCCCCGCGGCUUCAUCGAAUGCUCUCGUACGGAUAAUACGGAUAAUCGUGUGCGAAUGAGCGUCAAAAGUGUCCGAAUUCCAGGGCGAGCCGUUAUUUCGAGCCAUUAAUCCUCCCGAUGCCGUCGGCCGUCGGCUGUCGGCAAGCGGACUCGUGCCCCCCGAGUGUACCACAUUCGCGUCGAUACGAUGGAAAUUUGCUUGAAACGGAUUCCGUCGCCGGCUUCCGAUACAUAUUUCACCUCUCUCGCAUAUAUAUUUCGCGUUGAUCGCUCGCGAGUGUCGUCGGCUUUGAUAAAAGUGCCAGCGGAUUACCGCAACGGACUCGUCGAGACAGUGUGAAAUUAGGUACACAAGCGUGACGUCACACGGCUGCUCAGUAGGCGUCGAGUGUUCCCCUGGAGCGGUCGAGUCGCUGAUGCUCCGCGCCCCCGCGACUUUGUUGAAUGCCCUUGGCCGGAUAUCGUAUCUGGGUGAGUGUCAGAAGUGUCCGAAUUCCACGGCGAACUAUCGUUUCGACGCAUUAAUCCGUCCGAUGCCGUCCGCCGCCGGCAAACGGACUCGUGUCCCCCGAGUGUCCACCUUCGCAUCGGCACGAUGGAAAUUUCCUUGAAAAUGGAUUCUGUUGCCGGCUUCCGAUACGUAUUUCACCUCUCUCGCAUAUAUAUUUCGCGUUGAUCGCUCGCGAGUGUCGUCGGCUUCGAUAAAAGUGCCGGCGGAUUGCCGCAACGGACUCGUCGCGACAGUGUGAAAUUAGGUACACAAGCGUGACGUCACACGGCCGGUCAGUAGGCGUCGAGCGUUCCCCUGGAGCGGUCGAGUCGCUGACGCUCUGCGCCCCCGCGACUUUGUCGAAUGCUCUUGUACGGAUUUCGUGUGCGGGUGAGUGGCAGAAGUGUCCGAAUUUCACGGCGAGCCGUUGUUUCGACGCAUUAAUCCGUCCGAUGCCGUCCGCCGUCGGCAAACGGACUCGUGUCCCCCGAGUGUCCACCUUCGCAUCGACACGAUGGAAAUUUCCUUGAAAAUGAAUUCUGUUGCCGGCUUCCGAUACGUAUUUCACCUCUCUCGCAUAUAUGUUUCGGGUUGAUCGCUCGCGAGUGUCAUUUCAAUAAAAGUGCCAGCGGAUUACCGCAACGGACUCGUCGAGACAGUGUGAAAUUAGGUACACAAGCGUGACGUCACACGGCUGCUCAGUAGGCGUCGAGUGUUCCCCUGGAGCGGUCGAGUCGCUGAUGCUCCGCGCCCCCGCGACUUUGUUGA